ACCUAUGAAUCUGGCCACUCUCUUCCUCUGCCUCAAAUUCACAGUUCACACUGCGCCCAGUGCUGCUGCUGAGUAACAUUUACGAUCAAGACUUGACCAGCGGUAGGUGUGUGCUCUAUGUAUGUUAACUGAAGUCAGUUAAUAAGUGGUAUCGCCGCAGACACAGCGUUACGAAAGUCUUCUUCGUUGUUGUGACUUAUCGUUUGCAACGCGUUAACUGUACUAGUGGCGGUAAAAGAGUUUAAUACAGUGAUGCGUUAAGUUAGGAAUUUGGGCGAUGUGGCUACACAUAUUUUUCUCAUUGGGGCUGGUGGUUCUAACUUAUUCUACCGAUACUUGCAAACCGAAAGCCUGUGAGAAAAAAACUGAAAAUGAGAAACCGGUCUGUGGUUCAGAUGGACUGACUUAUCCUAAUAGGUGUCACUUCGAAAAAGCACGAUGCCAAAUCGGCAACAUAACUUUAGUUCGGAAAGGUCCAUGCAAGCAGCAUCGACCAUGCUUCGAAGCUGUAGAAUAUGCCAAGCUACAUCCGGGUUAUAGUUUCAAACCCCAGUGUAGGUCAGAUGGAAGCUACUCAGCAUCGCAGUGUCACCCGGAUACAGGUUAUUGCUGGUGUGUUACUCCGAUGGGAGUUCCUUUGCCGUUCACUUCAGUCCAAAGCAGAGACGGCGUUAAACAUAGGUGUGGCAGAAAAAACAGAAAAUCCAAGAAAAGGUCCCCAAGUAAGAAAAAUCACGCCAGGCCUUGCAAACUGGCAGACAAGUCGAAUUUUAACGGUAAUCUCAUUGGGAUGUUCCUCAUGGAAUGGCAGAGGGAUAAGCAAACAUCGGGAUCAGCCAACGAUACUGUUGUGAUAGAGUGGAAAUUCACAGACCUGGACGCCAACAGUGAUGGAGUCCUAGACAAAACAGAGUACAAAGAUUUGAAAAGAAUGGUGAAAAAGGCAGUGAAGCCGAAGAGAUGUGGGAAGACGUUCUUCCGCACGUGCGAUCUGAACAGCGAUCACAUUAUAGAGAGGGACGAGUGGGCAGACUGCCUCGCAAGAAAUGGAAUGGACGUUUCUUUGCGUGUGUUCUUGUCGCUGAAUCCAGAAGGGCGAGGCGGGAACACAAACAUCGACAGCGACGAAGGAGACGAGGAAAUGGAACCACCGCCAAGCAGGUCACCACCUCACGGAGUUCUUAACUCAGACGGUAAUCCAAUGUAUCCUAGCCAUGAGGAUGAUUCUGCAGAAAUACAUGAAGAAGAACCGGCUAAUUGUUUAUCGGACAGGCAAACGGCGUUUUCCGAGGGAUCCCAUCAGCUGUAUAUACCAGAAUGCACUUCUGAUGGGCGUUAUCAUAAGGUUCAGUGCUAUAAAUCAGCUGGCUAUUGUUGGUGUGUAAACGAAGACACAGGAAAGAACAUUCCUGGAACGUCAAUAAAGAACGCCACCCCUAAAUGUGAUGAUUUACUAGCGACAACUCGACCAAUGAAGGGAUGUCCAGAGGAGAAGAAAGUAGUGUUCUUGAAAGAUUUGAUGCAAUUUCUUCAAACAAAAAUGAACACCUCGUCAACUUUUACCGAUCUCAUGUGGAAAGUUUCAAAAGAGGAACAAACUGCUAAGCUGAGUUUCGUUAUGUUAGACAAAAAUAAAAAUAAAAUGUUGGAUAAGCACGAAUGGAAAUCAUUCAAAGAUAUGGUUCUAGAAAUGAGGACAUUCAAGAAAUGCGGCAAAAAAUUGCCAAGGUACUGUGAUAUCAACAGAGAUAGGCAGAUAAGCAUGACAGAAUGGUUACUCUGUUUGAACGUUCAACAAGCAGCCGGUUCAUCAUCCACGAAUACAAUGACCAGGUCUGGGAAGGAAAACCCGUUAAGUAUACUAAAAGCAGAUUGAUGUGAUGCAUGAAAAUGCUAAUGCAUACCAGUGUAAACGAAUGUUUUCGAGAGUGCUUGAGUGAUUAUUCAAUGAAGAAACCUAAUGAAUUUUAUGAAAAGUUGUGCGGAAAAACACGGCUUCGAUGUGAUUAUUAUACCUAUUAUUGUGUACAGCUUGUGAGUUGCCCUAUUGAAAGAUGCAUUUCCUGUGCUUAUUUAUUUGAGAUCUCUUCUUUUUGUACUAAUAUUAUGAAUUGAUAAGAUUUUUAAACAUUGUUGUUUAUGAUUUAUAAAAUCUUUGUUAGAUG